UAAGUAGGGAUUAUUGGUUGUUGUAAUUUAAUGGAUUUGAAAAUCCGAACUAAAUCUACUGUUGUUGGUUCUGUGAUUUUCAAAUCUGUAUUAAAAUCAGGUGUUAUUGGUUUAAUGAUUCAUAAAUUUUAUAUCAAAUCAAGUGUUAUUCAAUCGUACGGAUUUACUAAUAUAUUUGAUUUUAUAAUGGAUUUGAAUGGAUUUGUUUGGAUUUUUUAGUUAAAAAUACAAAGACUCAAAUCCGAGGGAAAACCUUCGGAUUUGCAUAUUUUACUUGGAUUUAUAAAUACUAUAUGGAUUUUUAAAUCAAUCAAAAUAUAUAAACCAAUAACACAACAAUUAUUUGGUAAAGAUUGGUUUUACUUUUUUUCUUUUUCAAAAGAAAAGAUUGGUUUUAACAGGACAUACCGUUUGAUUAAUUGAACCGAGUAAUUGGUCUAGCCGAGUUUGACCAGUUAAACAUGAUAUAAUACAUUUUAACUAUAGUUAAAUUACUAAAAUUGAAAUCAUAUAAUAUAAGUUGGAGAAAAGUCAGAGAAGAUGGGGAGACACAUCAUGUUAAAAAAAAAAUAAUUAAGCGUUACUUAAGAUGCGCAUUACGUGGAAUCUUCAGCGCUAAACUCGCUGUAAACAAAUAACCAUAAAGAGAUCUGUCCUUCAGUCCUUGUGUGUCUGCAUCUCGUGACAAACAAGUAAUCGAUACAGAUCUGGUUAAGCUGCCUUGUCUUACAAGAAACUGGAGUUGUCUGUGGUGUGUGAAUCAACGAUCUGAUCUCAAAGCAGGACCAAAUCAACAGAGACAUGGGAGCUGCGGUGACGAAAUCUGAUGGUCAAGAGACGAAGCUAGAGGCUAAGAUCAUAGAAGCCGUGCAACGCAGGGCAUCGAGAGGAACCACGAUGAAAUCAUUCAACAGCAUUGUUCUCAAGUUCCCAAAGAUCGACGAGGGUCUUCGAAACUGCAAAGCUAUCUUCCAAGAGUUUGACGAGGAUUCGAAUGGGUCGAUUGAUCACACAGAGCUAAAGAAUUGUUUCAGGAAGCUAGAGAUCUCGUUCGAGGAAGACGAGAUCAAUGACUUGUUUGAAGCUUGUGAUAUCAACGAGGAUAUGGGGAUUACAUUUACUGAGUUCAUUGUUCUUCUCUGUCUCGUCUAUCUUCUUAAGGACGAUUCAUCCACCCUCCAAAAGAAAUGGAGACUGGGAAUGCCGAAGCUGGAACCAACGUUUGAGACGCUAGUGGACACAUUCGUGUUCCUGGACGAGAACAAGGACGGACUCGUGAGCCGCGAGGAGAUGGUCCGAGCCAUUGAUGAAUCUGGAGAACGUUCCUCCGGGAGGAUAGCAAUGAAAAGAUUUGAGGAGAUGGACUGGGACAAGAAUGGAAUGGUGAACUUCAAAGAGUUCUUGUUCGCAUUUACGCAGUGGGUUGGAAUAGAUGAGAGCGAAGAAGAAGACGAUGAUGAUAACAAUGACAAGGCUUGAUGUUUGUGUUUUUGCAAGAGUGUAAUAGUAACAAACUAUAUUUUAUGUUAUAAUGCAAACAGAAUAAUUCAUUACCAAACACACAAACCAUUAUGUUUUUUACCCCAAAAAAAACUUGCUUUGAAGCAACAAAGCUUA